AGAGCGUUCGGGGAAGAAGCCGCGCGGUCGGCUCCGCCUCUUCCUUUUUGCUCUGAGGGCUCGGUCGAGCGCGCACGUUGAGGCCUUUGCCCAAAGAACGCGUUAACAAUGCGUUACAUUGCAGCUUACCUUCUUGCUGUUCUUGGGGGCAAUGAGUCCCCAAGCUCAAAAGAUCUGAAGAAAAUCCUUGACAGCGUAGGCAUUGAAACAGAUGAUGAACGUGUGAACAAGGUCAUUAAUGAGCUGAAUGGAAAAAACAUUGAAGAUGUCAUUGCCCAAGGUAACAGCAAGCUUGCCAGCAUGCCAGCAGGUGGGACUGUAGCAGUCUCUGCUGGAGGCCCUGCAGCUCCUGCUGCAGGUGCUACACCUGCUGCUGCUGAGGAGAAGAAAGAAGAAAAGAAAGAAGAGUCUGAAGAAUCUGAUGAUGAUAUGGGAUUUGGAUUGUUUGACUAAAAUUUUGUUAAGAGUUGUUCUGUAAUAAAUCUGAUUUAAAGA